AUGGCCGAUGAUGGCAUAGAAAACUUCAAAGCAGAAAAGGGAAAUAACAAAGCGAAUAAACCAGAUAAAUCAGACAAACCGGAAAAAUCGGACAAACCUGACAAAUCGGAAAAACCAGAAAAAUCAGACAAAUCAAAUAAAGAGCAAAAAAAACAACAAAAGCUUUCGGUGUUGGAAACGCAUGGGUACACCGUUGGUCGAAGCGUCGGCAGUGGAUCGUACGCUACAGUUAAGGUUAUAUUAUAAAAAUAAUAAUAAUAUUAUGUAAUAAUAAGUACUGAAUAAUACCAUAAUAAUAUAUACGAGGUCUGGAUAUUAAAUAACGAGACUGCUUAUGAAAAAUGGUUUUAUUUUAAAAAUUAUUCCACAACCAAAUGUUCCCCUUCAAUAUACUCUCCUCCCCUCUUCACACACCGUUUCAUUCGUUUCUUCCAUUGCUCGANGACCAUUCAGGAGUUCCGCCGAUUUUUGUUUCACCUCUUCCAUCGACUCAAACCGGAUUCCUUUUAAGGCAGACUUUAUCUUCGGAAACAAGUAAAAGUCGCAGGGUGCCAAGUCGGGUGAGUAAGACGCGUGUUCGAGUACUGGAGUGCCUUAAGCGGCCAAAUAACGCUUCACAGACAGCGCGUUAUGGGCAGGUGCAUUAUCCUGGUGCAAGAUCCACGACUUGUUUUUCCACAAUAUCGACCGUUUCUUACGAACUCAUUCGCAUAAUGUUACCAAAACUGUCAAAUAGUAAUGUUGGUUCACAGUUUGACCCUCUGGAACCCAUUCAGUCAUCACGAUGCCGUUGAUAUCGAAGAAAACGAUCAGCAUGGUUUUGAAUUUGGAUUACGACUGAAUUGGAUUCCGGUGCACUCUCGACCUUCAGAAAAUAAUUUACGCCACUCAAAAACACGCGCCCGAGAUAGAAAAUCUUCACUAUAGGCCUUUUUUAACAACUUAUAGUACUCAGUUGGAGUUUUUUUUAGUUUAACGAGAAAAUUUUACAUUUAUCCGUUGCUUAUGUUUUUCGUCACACAUCAUUUUCGGCAAGAGAAAAAAACACGUUCGUUUCUAAACGCUACAGAAAAAAUACUAAUGCACCAACAAAAACCCAAUUUUGUACUGGUAUAAUAGACACUUCUAGCUAACCGGCGCUGUAUUCGGUUUUCCUCUAAUCUUUUUGAGACGCUCUCUGCGCGCGCAGUCUCGUUAUUUAAUAGCCAAACCUCGUAGGUAUAAGGUUAUAAGAGAGUGUAAUAUUGUAUACUUUAAGUAACACGGGUUCGAACUCACGAAUCCUAGGAUGAAAAAUAGGUAUGUAUAACCAUUCAACUACGACAAACAUACUUGAAGAAGGACAAUAUUUAGUUAUUCAAUAUAACAUAUAAUAUCCGCAUAAUAUCAGAAAUUUAAAAAGCUAUAAUUUCGAAACUUUAUCAAUCCAUUCAAUUUUGACUUCACUGUCGUUCUUAAAUCGGCAGUAGUUCAAAAAAAAAUUGGAUUUGUUCCACAUAAUUUUUCACUCAACGAUUUUGUCAAAAUUUGAUAUUAAAAUUCCGUUAUAAAAAAAACUUCAAAUUAAGAGACUUAACGAACCUCCUAUUAAAUUUUGAAGCAUUUCUAUUAAAUCUAACAAUUUUACCACGGAGUGCCCACCGAAUAAAAAUUACGUACAAAACUCGCAAAAUUAAAAUGUUUAUAAAUAACUCAAUAAUGGCUUAAAUUUUUUGAAAAUUUUACCCCCUCUAGAAAAAACAAAUAUAAAUUUUCCGUCCAAAUUUAAAGUCUCUUAGAAUAUUUUAAUUGAAUUAUACCAAAUGUUAUUUGGUAUAUUUUUUUUUUAUCCAAUUUUUUCCCAGAUAUUAAAACCACUUAAUAAAUCAAAAAUAACCUCCUAAAAGUACCAUCUGUACAAAAUUGUCGUUAAGAAAUGGUGCAGUGCGUAAAUAUCUGAGCAAAAUUUCCGGUAGAAUUUGUUUACAAAGUAUAAAAAAAUAAACAUCUUAGUAAAACUAAUACAUUUUCGAUACACUCAAAAUCUAAAAAAGAAGCUAUCCUAGAAUAAUGAGGCCACUGUUGUAGGUAGGAAGUUGGGAAGUAGGAUAUAGACCGGAAUUUAAUGUAUAUCCAUACACAACGAUUAUUCCAAUGAUUAUUCCCAUUUAUUGAGAAAACCCCUGGGAAAAUCAAAAUUUACCCCCAUAAAUUACCUGCUCAGUCCGAUUUUCUUCAAAAAAUGUGAUUUCAUUGUAAAUCGGAGCAAAAUUGCUGGUAAAAAAUUGUCCACAGAAAAAAAAAAUAAUAAACAUCAUUAUAAAACCAUUCGCUCCACUCGGAAUCUAAAGAGAAACACACAUAAUUCAAACGAUGGGUAGGCCACUGUUAUAGGUUAAAAAUUGGGAAGGUGUGAUAUAGAGAGAAAUUAAAUGUAUAUCUGUACGCAACGAUCAAUAUUUGAUAACAAAAAACGAUUCUGAGCACAGUUUAUUUAUGUUAUAUUAUUAUUAUUAAUUAUAUAUGUUUUUAAAGGCUAUAAUAUUUCCGAUCUUCGACAAAGUACGACUUAUAAUGAACCUUCUAUUUAAUUUGUAAAGCAUUUCUGUUUGGUUUCACAAUUUUUUCCUCUGAGUACCUACCAAAUAAAAAUUAGGUAAUAAAUUCAAAGCUCAAAAUUGGAUUAAAUGUUUUAAAAAUGUUACCAUGUCUAUAAAAGGUCAAAUUCCAAGUCAAAAAAAUGAAGGUUAAUAGUAUUUUACCUGGAUUAGUAAGAUAGUUUACUAUAAAAUUUUCAUGUUAUUGAAACGAAUGAUAUUAAGACAGAAAAUAAAGUCAAAAUAGUCAAAAUAAUUUUCUUAUCGAAUUAUAAAAACCUGUAUAGUGUACAUAAUAAUAAUUUGCUCACAAUAAGACAGAUAAAUUGAAUUAUAUUAAUCAAUAACAUGUCACAGAUAGCUUAUUCCGAACGCCACAAAAGCAAUGUAGCGAUAAAGAUCGUGUCGAAACUUCAAGAAGCGUCGGACUAUUUGGAAAAAUUCUUACCCCGCGAAAUCGAAGUAGUCAAAGGUCUGAAACACGAAAAUCUGAUUAAAUAUUAUCAAGCGAUCGAGACUACGCACCGGUAACCUUCAUUAUAAUAUAUAUAUUAUAUUUAUUAUAAACGACUUCUCACAAUAAUAAUAAUCAUUGUCAAUAUCAUUAUCAAUGGCGUGAAUUUUAAUGCGUCUGUUUUCACGUUACAUUUAGCGUUUACAUAAUUAUGGAAUACGCAGAGAACGGGAGUCUGUUAGACAUCAUCAAGAGAGAUAACCACAUCGAAGAAGAACGGUGUCGAAGAUGGUUUUUAGAGCUUGUCAGUGCCGUCGAAUACUGUCACCAAAACGGAGUCGUUCACAGGUGCUUAUAUUAUAUGAUACAGAUUACAGAGUAAUUUGUUAUUUGUUUUUUCUCCCUAGUCCCACGAUUAUCUAUAAAAUUGAUUUUUCUACAGUCAUCAUAUAUUAUAAAGUGAUUAUCAUCAAUGAUAAUACUAAAAAGUAUAACGAACUUUGUAAAUAAGAUAAUAAUUUAUCAUCGUAUUUACAAUAUUAUCGAAUUGUUACCCUCAUUCCAUACGCCAUUAACACAACUUUCGAUUUUUAAAUAUAAACGCUUUCAUAUUUUCAAACCAGACUCGAAAAGAGACUAUUUUUUCUAAAAAAUUGGAUGUACCUACGUUAUAGUAUAACAUGUAACGCUACUAUAUAGUACGUAAUUACUGUUUAACCAUUUGAAGAGUUUAUCAUUUAAAAAUAGUUUUUGAACUUAUUAACGUGUAGGAAUAAGGGUGAUGUUUUGGAAAUAUUGUAAAUACAAUCAUUAAACGUUUCUAUAGUGAUUAUUGAAUAGAAAAAAAAAACCAAAAUCAAUUUAUUAAAAAACUCCGUAGAUCAUGAGUCUUUAAUAGAUCGUGAUGAAAAAAUCACUUUUUGUACCCUUAAAGUUCCCUCCCCCAAUACACGUAUUAAUUAUAUUUAACGUAAACCAGCCCUCGAUGCCUAUAUUAUAACAAAUGCCGUUAAGCGUACUUUUAUGAGUAUUUUAAUUUUUAACAUGAUUAGUAGGCGCAACUAUAAAUUACUUCAAUCACACAAACUCUCACAGGAUCAUUAGAGUCACAAAAUGUUUUAAACAAACGUUUUUAAUAUAACUUUUAUAAUCAUGUUAUUAUUAAGAAUCAUAUUAUUACAUUUUAUUUUUAUUUACUGUAUAGUUUACAAAGUGCAGUUAGUGUAUAUGAAUAAGUAUAAGAGUUACCUCAAAUCCUUAUACUAUAGUAUCAGUAAUGAAGUUAAAACUUCAAACUAUAAACUAUAUAAACUAAAACAUGUAGCUAACGUUAUUAUCUGUAGACAAUUUAUUGACAUGUGUAACUGUUUUUAAUUUCGGAAAAGUAAGUAUCUAAUUAAAAAACCAACCAUGUUUAAAAAAUAAAAAUGACCAGCCGGAAUUUAUACGUAUUUAUUAAUUAAAAUUUCUGCAUAAUCAAUGAUAUAAUAUACUAAAUUAAAUUAAAAUUUUAAAAUGAUUUAAAUAAUAAUAAAAAAAAGUUUUUGACAUGCAUAAAACAUAAUUUUUAAAUUAUUUAUUUUAUUAUUAUUUUAUUUUAUUUAUUUUCAAAUUACACAACAGAUUACAAUAUUGUAUUAAAAACAUAAUUUUAGAUUCCGAGUGUAUCAAAAAUGUAUUGGUUUUACAAUGAUGUUUAUUUGUUUAUAUAUAUAUAUACUGUGACAAAAAUCUUGCUUCGACAUGUAAGUGUGGAACCAUUUCUGAUAGAAAAUAUUGUCUAGAUCAGAACCGUGCCCCCCUCCCCCGCUUGUCAUUAUUUGCAGCCAACAAUCACAUUUGAAAUAUAGCAUAUCUUUUCUAUUUCAAUAAAAUUUUAACGGCCAUAAGCCAUCGAAAGAGUUGGCAAGAAUACGAUAAGAUAAAUUAAAUUACCUACUCUUUUUAAUAGUACUUACACUUGUGAGCAUAUAUUAUCACGAAUUAAAAUUGUCAAAUCGAAAACUAGAGCUCGGUUAACUGACAUACACUUAGAAAUUUCGCUGAUAAUCGUAUCGUCGCAGAUCCAACCAAAUAUAAAAAAAUUAGUUAGUAAAAAUGAAUGUCAAUUAUCAGUUAUCACAAUAAAUAUAAAAUAAAUAAUUUGUAAUUCAAAAUUGAAAUUUGUUAUUCAUAUAUUAUGUUUUAAUAAUAAUAAUAAAAUUGAAAUUUUGUGUAAAAUACACUUGUUUACUUCAAAUGCGGCCCACAAGACUUGUAGAAAAAAAUAUGUGGCCCACUACAUAAAAAUGUUAAAGACCCCUGGUAUAGAUAGUACUUGAAACAGGUUAAUUUUUUUAUUUUCCAAGCGGUUUUCAUAAUAUCUGAGAUAAUAAAAUGUAACAUAAAUUUUGUUUUUAGUCGUAAGUAAAAAAUAUUCGUAAAGAUUAAAAAUAUUUGAACAAAAACUCAUAUUUGCCUUUCCUAGACAUGAUGAAAUUUUCAAACUAUUCUAGCAAUUUUUGAGCUAUCUAGAGACAUUUUAAUUUUGAGAGUUUUGUACUUAAUUUUUAUUCAGUAGAUACUCUGUAGUAAAAUUGUUAGACUAAACAGAAAUGCUUGAAAAUUUAACAGGAGAUUCAUUAUAAUUCGUACUUUGUCAAAAAAAAAUUGAGCUUAUUAUAGUAUUUUUUUUUGUACAUAAAUUUUAAUAUCAAACUUUGACAACAAUUGUUUAAAUGAAAAAUUAUGAGAAACAAAUUUAUUGACUGGUCUAUGCAAAUUUUGGUAAUAAAUUUUGCAAAUUUUACCAUAAUAUGACAUAUAUAUAUUGUUGAGGAAGCAAAACUAUCAACUGAAUUCCGCUCAGAAUCCCUUUUUCGUUAGCAAUGGUUUACUGAUAAUUACAGAUACAAAUGAAUUUCCCCUCUACAUUUUACCUACCCAGGACAGCCUUAAUUUUAUUUUGAAUAUAAUACUUUAUUGCCGAUUUAAAAACGAUGGUGAAUUCAGAAUUGAAUGGAUUGACUUUUUGUGAAUUAUAGCUUUUUGAAGUUCUGAUAUUAUGCAUGUUAUAUUAAAUAACUCAAUAUUAUUAAUUUUAUAGUACGUCUUUUGUAGUUAAGUGGUGGUAGGUACCUUUUGUCAUCACAGAAAUCACAAAUUCAUACCCCCGAGUUCCGAAAACGUUUUUUAGCUAAACCACGUUGCCGGAUAUGUAUCUGCAGAUAAAAAAACAAAUGCAUUUUGGAUAUACCUGAGGACACAAGCCGUUGCUCGCUCAGACUAUUUUAAUUAAUAAAUACUCCUUAAUUUAUUGUGGAAACUUUUGUACCAGAAAUAUUAUCUACAUGGUACUUUAGGGAGGUCAUUUUUUAAUUUUCCAAGCGAUUUUUAUAAUAGUCUGUUAACACCGGAAUAAAAUGUCGUAAAAAUGGUGACAAUUUACGAAAAUAAUUUUUUUAUAAUUCAGUUAAAAAUUUUCGUACUGACUUUUAAAGAUUAAUUAAAAAUAUGAAAUUGUUAAACUAAUCAUUAAAUUACCCUCUAUAUCCUACCUUUAUCCCAACUUUUCAUCUACAACAAUUAACCACACAUCAUACGAGGUAUGUCCGCUUUUUUUUUUUUUUUUGUAAUAAUCAUUAAUACACAAUAUUUAUAAAGUUUCAUUAUUAAAAUCCGCUAACGUGUUUAUCAAAUAUAAUAUUGUUAAAUGAAUUGCUUAAAAUUAACAUAAAAAAAAUUAAAAAUUAAAUAAAAAUCUUUUAUGCGUAUAAAUGUUAAAUGUUUUUUAAUUAUACAAUGCAUAUGCGUUUAAUUAAAAAGUCGUAAAUAAAAUGUUUAUUUUGUCAAAUAACCUUUGCGGUAUUUUUAUUUCAUUAGAGACAUCAAAUGCGAAAACCUACUGAUGGACACCAAUUACAGCAUCAAAUUGUCAGAUUUUGGUUUCGCCCGGAAUAACAUGCUCAAGAAAAACGGUCAGAUGAAGACGAGCACUACGUUCUGCGGCAGUUACGCAUACGCAUCCCCGGAAAUUCUCAAAGGCAUACCGUACCAACCGAACGCGUCCGACAUUUGGUCCAUAGGUGUAGUCCUGUUCGGGAUGCUAUACGGCACAUUGCCGUUUGAUGACACUACUUAUCAAAGAUUACUCAAAGUGAGCACUGCACUCGAUUGGAUUGUCGUCGUUAUUAUUUGUAGUAGUAUUUUAAUUUGCAUGCAUGAUAUACGAUGGUAUUUAAUAUUUAACAGUGUGGGUGGGUUUUAAGACACUGCUUAACUAAACUUUAUAAUAUACUGUUGAUACAUUAUAUUCUAAUACCUACUAUUUCAUUGCUUUCAACAUCUCCUGUGAUUUACAUUUAUUCCAAGCAAUUGUCUAUCAACCUAUGACAUCUCGAAAUUUCAGUCAUAAUAUUAUAAACUUAUAAUAAAAUAAAUUAAAACUACAAAAGACAUUUUAGGAUAAUGGAAAUGGGUGCAGCCACUGUUAUAGAUGAUUUCAUGUACACCUGUAAGCUACGAUAAACCGCUGAUUACAAAAAAUGAUUCUGUGUGGAGUUCCGUUGAUAGUGAUGCAUUGUCAACAAUAUUAUAUAAGCCAUUUUAUGGUAAAAUAAUUAAAUAGGCUUUAUAUAUUUUCUUUAAUAAUAUUUAUUUAAUGUUGUAUCGAUUUUCCCAGUUUUUCCAUAUUUAAUCCCGGUUUUUUACAUUUGCUGGAAAAAUGCUCAAAAAUUACCACUCUAAAAUACCUUCCUUAGUGAAAUUUCCAUUUAGAAACAUUGCUAUUAUUAAAAGUUGAAGCAAAAUUUCUGGUAGAAAAGUUGUACACAGAAAAAAUAUUUUAUACAAAUAUAUUUCGUACAUUUUCCCGUUUUUUUUUUCCGUUUUUUGCAUUUGAUGAGAAAAUUCCGGAGAAAAUCGAAAAAUGAACUCCUUAAAGUACACCUCCCCACACCGAUUUCCUUUCAGAAAAGGUGCUACACUUAAAAAUCUGAGCAAGUCUUCUGGUAUAAAAGUUGCGCACAGAUAAAAAAAAAAAUAAUAAUAAUAAACAUUUUUGUAAAUCAAUAUGCUUCUUCGCUCCACUCAGAACCUAAAACUAAGAUAUUAGCAAGCUUACCGCCCCCAUUAAUUUAGAAUACUAAGAUAAACCGUAAUAAUAUGAGACAGAGUGUACAAAGAUUAGUUUAGUAGUAACUUGUAGUUUUAUUUUAUUAUUUUAUGUUUUCACUAGCAAGUGCAAAAAGAUGUGGUGUUUCCCAAAGAUGACAAGGUCUCUGAAAGCUCAAAGAAAUUGAUAACAAGGUUACUGGCACCGUUAAAUGUUCGCUUGAAAAUUUCUGAUAUCAAAAAAGAUCCGUGGUGUCAGGUUCAGGAGGCGUCGGCUAAUGAUAAUAAAAAAGAUGUAGCUGGGAAAAAGCCCCAAGACAAGUAAGCAAACAAUUACAAUUAAUUAACGCGAAAAAGUUAAAUAGCAGCAAGAAAAAUUUUUAAUACAUUUUUUUCGGUAUUUCGUAACCUAGUUUUUCGACUACCAUUGUUUUAAGUGUCAUAAUAUAUUUUAUUGUUUAUAUACAGAAACAUAAAGGAACCGAAAGAGCAAAAAAAAUAA